AUGGAUCCACAAGGGCAUGGGCAGCCUCAAUCUAGCAACAUGAUGAGCAGUGUAACUCAGUUAUCAUAUGCAACAAAUCCAUACGAGUCAACUCAACUGAGUGGGACCCCUGGGAGAGUACAAGUAGGUGGUGCAAUUCAAGCAACAAAUCAGCCUACAGCAGCUCAAUUAGCACAACAACAGUUGGCUUAUCAACAAAUCCAACAACAACAACAACAACAGCAACUUCAACAACAACUCCAAUCAUUUUGGGCAAACCAAUACAGAGAAAUCGAAAAUGUCACUGACUUCAAGAACCACAGUCUUCCAUUAGCAAGAAUCAAGAAAAUCAUGAAAGCUGAUGAAGAUGUGAGGAUGAUAUCAGCAGAAGCACCAAUUGUGUUUGCAAGGGCAUGUGAAAUGUUCAUAUUGGAGUUGACUUUAAGGUCAUGGAAUCACACUGAGGAGAAUAAAAGAAGGACAUUACAGAAGAAUGAUAUUGCUGCUGCAAUCACAAGGACUGAUAUUUUUGACUUUUUGGUUGAUAUUGUCCCAAGAGAGGAUAUUAAAGAUGAAGCAGGCUCCACCUUAUAUGGGUCCUGCCAUUUGGCCACCGCCACCUCAGCAGCCUCAAUCACCCUCGGAUUCAUAGAACAUGGAAGUGUUAAGUAUUUUGGAGUUUUAAAUUAUAAUCCACUUUCCAGUGAAUCCAAUGAUAUUACUGAAGCAUAUGAUGGUGGUGGAUCAUGGCUUUGUUUUUUUUUAUUUUCUUUAAAUAAGGAAAUACAUGUUGAUUUCCCUAACAUAUGCAUUGGUUUGGGUUAGUACUUGGGAAGUCAAAACAUUUUAAUGCCAAAUCCAGUGAAAUUUUGUGUUAUAUGAGUCAAUAGUUGCAUAUUAUGUUGAAUUUGUUAAAAAAAAGUUGUUUUCAUGAUGAAAUCAUGAAACAUGGUCAU